AUGUCAUUUUACUUCAAGAAUAUCAAGCCAGAUCUUCAUUCAGGAAACGAAGAUGAGGAAGAUGACAUAGCAUCAAUCAUAAGAAUAAACGAUACAAGUGAUGCAGAAGGUUCACAAAGCGAAGAUGAGCUAAAGACACUCUCAUUUGGAUCUUUGAAGAAAGCUGAUGAAAUGAUGGACAAUGAGGAACAAACCAGCAGAAAAAGCAAAAGCAAAGCGAAUGGUGAGAAGAAACAUUUGAAUAAGCCAAAAUCAAGAGAGUUGACUGAGAAACAAAGGAAACUUGAUGAUGGACAGAGACGUCAGAGCGGAUUACAGGAAGAAGAAGCACAACAAAAGUCACAGUCUAUCAAAAUGUUUGCAGAAGAAUCUUUCGGAGAAGAAAGUGAUUCUGAUAGUGAUGGCGGCUUUUUCGAUGAAGAAUCAAACGAUGAGGCUAAUCAGAAUGGUAAAAAGAAGAAAGGUAAAAGAAAGCACGCACCAACCGAAUCAUCGUCAAAGAAGAAAGUGCGCUCCAUGAGAAAGAUUCCUGGGUUAGAAGAUAAUAAGAGUAAAUCCAUCUAUCAAGAUGUCAGGUUUGAUAAAGCCAUGGGAAAGUCAGAAGACUUGGCAAAAAUCCGUCAACGAUACAAGUUCUUGGAUGAGUACAGAGAAAAAGAGAUCAACGAAUUGGAUAGCAUGCUCCAUGAUAGAAAAUUCCUAAGUAAAAUCAGCGACAGAGAGAAGAGUGAAAUGGAGCAGCAGGUGAGAAGGAUGAAAUCAAGAUUAGAAACGGUGCAAGUCAUGGAAAUGGAACAAAAGAUUGUAAAGGAUUAUGAAGCAGAAAUCAACAAGAAUAACAAGAAUAAAUACCAUUUGAAGGAUUCAGAGAAGCGGAAGGUAAUACAAAAGUGGAAGUUCGAGCACAUGAAGGGUAAACAAAGAGAAAAGGUAAUGGAUAGAAAGAGAAAGAAGAGAUUAGGUAAAGAAUUUAAGCAAUUCGAAUUUCAUAAGAGGUAA